UGAGUCGAUAUCUCGGGGAGUGAACGAUGUAUGAUAAGAGCGUGUUUGUUUGGAUUUUUAGAUGUAGUGUUUUUGUCGGUUUAUUAUCUGCGGUUGUAACCGUUAUAUAUCUCACGCCAAUUCCAGAGCUGCAGCACGCAUCAUGUCUGCGGCAGUGCCACGAGCUGGACUGGCCGAUGAUCUGCCGUGUCAAGCUGGUACUGGAGGUCUCGUCAGCUGUUACAAGGAGCAGCAGUUCCUGUGGCCACAACAGUACAGAGUGUGUGGAGGGAUGUGGCAGAAGAGUAGGACCAAUCAAAGCCAAGCUGCUCACAGCUAACGGCCUCGCACCUGGACCAACUAUUGAGGUAUGUGAGAAGGACAUCCUGGUAGUGGACGUGGUGAACCGUGCACCAGGGGCAGCAGUGUCAGUCCACUGGCGCGGCCAGGCCCAGCGAGAGACCCCGUACAUGGACGGAGCCCCCAUGGUGACCCAGUGUCCCGUCAACACAUUCACGACCUUCCAGUACAAGUUCAGGGCUACCAACCCUGGCACACAUGUCUGGCAAGUACAUACAGGUAACCCAGAGCUGGACAGCUUAUUUGGAGCCCUGAUAGUCCGUCAAUCACCUAAGAAAGAACCUCAUCAUGACCUUUAUGAUGAAGAUGAUCAUUUUGUUCUUAUUAGCACUUCUCCUUCUAUUGAUAACUUGGGCUCUGGAGCCCUUCUUAUCAACGGGAAACCAUUUGGCCAGGAGGGCGAGGCUCAGUUGAAUGUGACGUCAUACAAGAGACACAGACUACGGCUGAUGUAUGCUGUAGCAUCUAUUAGUUGUCCUGUAACUGUGGCAAUAGACAGACACUCACUGUUGGUCAUAGCACUGGACGGUCACCCCAUCAGACCUGUGGAGGCUCUCAGUGUAGUCAUGGCUCCUGGAGAGAGAGUAGAUGCUGUACUAACAGCUGAUCAAGACCUUGGUGACUAUCAGCUGAAGGUGACCACAACAGCUGAAUGUACCACCAAGCUGCAAGGAUUAGCCCUAGUCAGCUACCAAACUCACCAGAGCGCUCAGUCACCUCUCACGAGGCUCCCCCAACACCAACCUAACCUGGUCAAGGGUCUGAGCACAGUAGGGAAUGGAGACUGCAGCACAAGUGAUUCUCAGUUCUUGUGUCUCUCCAAGAUACAAUCCCUGACUAAACUCCCCCCAGAACUCACCCCCGAGAGAUUACCCUUCACGCUCUUCUUGCCCUUCGACUUUGUCAAGCCUCCUCCUCAGUACAGUGUCUUUGAUGACUCUCUGAGACUGCCUCGCCUCAACAAUCUCACUCUCACCUUCCCUUCAUCGCCUCUGCUGAGUCAUGCAGCAGACCUGGAGGUUUGCAACUCCAAUGCUCGUCCGUCGCCUUGUGAGGAACAAGCCAUGUGUCAAUGUGUCCAUGUUGUAGAAGUGCCUUUACACACUCCUGUCGAACUGAUGCUCAUUGACCAAGGUGGUGAAGGAUCCCACACAUUCCACCUGCACGGCCACAGUUUCCAUGUGGUGGGGGUGGCGGGGAGGGGGGAAGGAGUGCGGCGUGGUGCAGAGUAUGGUAGACUGCCACGUCAACUACACAAUCCUGUGGUUAAAGACACAGUCACUGUUCCUGCUGGUGGUGCUGUGGCUCUGCGGUUUAAGGCUGACAACCCUGGUUACUGGUUGCUGCAUGAUGAGAGGUGGCAAGGGUUGGGGGUGAUAUUCCGUGUAGGCUCCACAUCCGACACACCACCUCUGCCUGACAACUUCCCUACAUGUGGCGACUUUGUAGGGCCAGAGUUCUUCCUAAUUUAAAAUAAUCCUUCAGGAGAAAGAGUGCAUUGCUUUACUAGGAUUUGUAGCCCAGCAGAGUUCCAACAAUCAGAAAACGUGCCUGAAAACUCUAAGGUGCUGUAGAUUUCGUGAAACUGGAAAUACUGUGUUAAGAGAACCACUGUGACUGAUAAGCUAGGUAUACAUGGGAGCAUUGCACCGCACUCUGUAACGCGCUUCAGAUAAGCCUUUAAAACCCAUGACAGCGUUGCAACGCACGUUGGAUCAAUUGUCUCAUGGCAUGUCCCGGUACAGCCAUAAAAGUGGAAGAGGCCAUUUCUGUUUGAGUUUGUACCAUAGAUAUAAAAAUGAAAACAAACUCAAAGUACCCCCGUUGCAGCUCUUUGCCCCCAUACCACUCUUUACCCUAAUCUAUGAAAAUAUUAACUUGUUUUGUAAUUACCUGAGAAUACUAUCUUCUACAUAUUUAACAAAAGUUCAGGUCUGUCUAGCACCUAGUGAGAACAUUGUUAGGGAUUAAAUUUCAACGAAAAGAACCUCAUAGUUACCAUGAGUUAAGUUUGUUGUAAAUUGAAGUAAACACACAGCAAACAUACUUAAAACCUACUCCCUCCUACUCCAAAACGCACGUUCCAACGCUCACAUGUGUAUUAGCCAUUAAAACCAUUGUAGCUCAAGACAAAGCUUCUGCUAGCGGGCGUUGCACAAAGAACUAGUGAUGGUCAAAACCAGAAAUUUUGAAUCUCAAAACCAAAACCGAAACUUAAAAAAUCAAAUCCCGAGUCUCGAAUCUCAAAACCUGAACGUGAAAUUUUUAGGUACCGUAACUGGUCAAGUUGUUAAAAAUACAGGUACUGUAAUGAUAACAUUUUCAUUAUGAUUAUGUGAUCAAAACUGAAAGAGAUUGACUCCUGAUCCAGACAUAAUAACUAUAAUAACAUAAAUGUGACGGAUAAACUUCAAACCUAAAAUAACAUACUUUUUUAUAAAACAACUACGUUAACAUUAAAAUAAAUGAAAACUCUUAACAUUGAAAUAAACAUGAAUAUUACAUUACGGUAAUUAAAACAUUUAGUGGCCAAUAUUUCUUUGUGUUUAAACAAUUUUGAAUAUUGAU